UUUAUUCAUCUUGUACCGCUUUAUCCUCCACAUGAGGGUCAAGGGGGGGCCCUUGUGCCAAUCCCAGCUGAUAUAGUGCGAAAGGUGCGGUACGCCCAUUUGUGAUUAAAUGAAUCAGGUUUUUGCUCAUUUAAUCAUGGAAACACAGACUGCCCUUAGACAAAUAGUCAGAGUUUAGAUACCGAUCAGUCUACAUUUAGUUAUGUGGCUAAUCUCCAAAGGCUCAAAGGAAUCAUUUGACCCCAUUUAUAUCUCUGAUUCUGAAUCUACCACAGACAAAACGACAAAACAGACACGGUGCUAAAAGGUGAAAAGUGUGAAACAGAGGAAAACAUUAUUAUUUAUUCAGACUCCAAGGUUUUUGUGGACUGAAGGGAAAACUGGAGCAGAGCAACCCGUUCUACCUAUGUCAUUACAAGCAGACACUGCAUCAGCAACAGGAAGUCAUCAUGCUAAAGAUGUCGUACAGUAUGCUGUGGUUUGCUGGGUUAUUAUCAAUUCCUAUUAUUUCACAACAGAGCGUCCCAAACCUCAGCGGUUUGAGGCCCCUGAAAAUUUAGCAGAACUGAUACGUAAGCACAAACGUAGCACAACAGUGAAAUAAGAAGAUUAGGUUUAAAAAAAAAUUACAAAAUAAGACGUUGUUAUUCAUAGUUUCUAUCCCCAGAAUAAAAGAAAAUGAGUAUGUUUUGAAUAAUUUGACAAAUGGAAGAAUCUUUUCAUUCCUGCCUGAAGUCCACCUGUAAUACCUCCAAGGGCCACACCUUGAACAAAACAAAGCACAGAAGAAGUUGACGAUCCACUUUGUGAAGUGACUCAGUCAGAACCCAGAGCUCAGCCCAAAUGUGGAAUAACCGCUCAAGAGAGACUAUGAACAAAUGAGGUUUGUAAGGAAAAACGGUGACUUUGUCCACCCACGCAUGUGAAUGUUUGGUGUGUUAAUUAUUAACAGAAAUUUUGGAGAAACAAUGUGUGUUUACCAAUUCUGGGUAAACACUGUGUGUUUACCGGCGUUCAGACUACGAACACAGUGCAAGUAAUUAAUGCGGUCAAACGAGAAAUUCCAAAUUUUAAACUUGUCAGACUUGCCUGUUUUUCUCCCGACCCAACCUUUGUCUACAAUUAUCAUCUGCCUUCAGGCAGCUGCAGCAAAUAGAUGUUAGAUAGAUGUUCAGGACGAGCAGCUCCUGAACAUGUGUAUAGUAUAAUUAUUGUAACAGUGUUUUGUUUAUUUUACCAUUCACCAUUGAAUAUUUAUUAUUCAUUAGUAUGUUGUAGUGUGGAUGACCACACUUUAUAGUAUUACUUUUGUAUUAAUGUGUUAGUCUAUUUUUUUGCAUGGAAAACUAGCUUUGUUUAUUUUGGGUGACAGUGGGGGGUGGGGGCACAAAAUCCCAAUGCUGCCUAUAGGGUGGCAAAAUGCAUAGGACCGGCCCUGGUUGGGGAUAUAGCUUUGGUUGAAGACUUUUAUUAAACUUAACCUCCAGAUGUGAUGUCCAUGUGUCUUCACUCUGAGAAGGAAGUGCAACAGUUCAGUCUCCCUUUCAUUUCCUGGUAAAGGACUAGAAUAUGCAUUAUGUCUUCUGGGUGUCGAUCAAAAGACAAGUGUGCGGCGCGUGCGAUGCGGUAUACGCCCACUGCGUGACUUUGACUGACACCAAAUGACGCAAUAAGUCAGUCGCCAAACAUGGCGAGGUUAAGUGAGCACGGCAUUCGCCUGAGUUCCAUGAGUCCUUCAUUUCUAAACAGCAACUCUACAAGCCACACCUGGCCUUUCAGCGCGGUGGCAGAGUUAAUAGAUAACGCGUCCGAUCCCGGUGUAUAUGCUAAGCAGAUCUGGAUUGAUGUGAUCGAUGAAGCCGGUCACCCCUGUUUAACAUUCAUGGAUAAUGGCAGUGGUAUGACCCCCAACAAACUGCACAAGAUGCUCAGUUUUGGUUUCACAGAAAAAGGCUCGGGUAAAGCCAGUCAGCAGGCCAUCGGCGUGUACGGAAAUGGUUUCAAGUCCGGCUCAAUGCGUCUGGGCCGCGAUGCUCUGAUCUUCACCAAAAACGGCGGCUGCCAGAGUGUGGGAAUGUUGUCCCAGACCUACCUGGAAAACAUCAAGGCCCAGGCUGUCAUCGUCCCCAUCGUCCCCUUCAACCAACAAACCAAGUCACUGGUGGUGACAGAGGACUCCGAGGCGAGCCUGGCAGCCAUCCUGCAGAACUCCAUCAUCAGCUCCCUGGAGCAGAUACACGCACACUUUGACUCCAUGGCUUUCAAAAAAGGCACCAAGAUAUUCAUCUGGAACAUCCGCAGGACCACGGAUGGAAAGACAGAGAUGGACUUUGACACUGAUGUGAGUGACCUCCGUUUGCCUGAGAUUCAGAUCGAGGAGAUGAAGAAGGGACUGAGGAACAGUGGGUCCCUGAGAGCUGAGCUGAACGUCCCCGACAUGUUCUACAGUCUGCGGGCCUACCUCAGUAUUUUGUAUCUGAAGCCGAGGGCACAAAUUAUACUGAGGGGGAAGAAGGUUAUCACCAAGCUGGUGUUGAAGAGGCUGACGCGCGCUGAGCAUGACGUGUACAAACCACAGUUCAGCAAAGAGAAGGUGAAAGUGACCUUUGGGCUGAAUCCCACAAAUAAAGACCAAUAUGGAAUCAUGAUGUACCACAAGAACCGACUCAUUAAGGCUUAUGAGAAAGUGGGAUGCCAGCUCAAGGCCUCUGGUCGACGAGCAGGAGUCGGAGUCAUCGGUAUCAUUGAGUGUAACUUUCUCAAACCUGCUCACAACAAGCAGGACUUUGAGUACACUAAAGAAUACAGACUCACACUCGGUGCUUUGGGCCUUAAACUCAAUGAGUACUGGAAGGAGUUGACAGAGAAGAAGGCCAGAGAGCGAGAGUUCCACGCGGUAGACAGAGAUCAAGAUGAAGAUGACACUGAUGGCGGCCCUGUGUGGCUACAGUGUGAAGAGUGUCUGAAGUGGCGGAAAGUCCCUGCAGGACAUUACAGUGUUUCCCCUGAAAGCUGGUACUGCAGCCAGAACCCCAAUCCACGUUACAGAAGUUGUUCUCUUCCCGAAGACGCAGAACAGAGCGAGGAGCUGCUUACACCCAGCUACCAGAAAAAACACAAGAAACAAGAGCAUCUUCUCAAGGGCAGAAAAAGAGAGAAUUCACUUGAGGUGUGUGCCUUUCAGGACCAAGAGGUGAAACAUCAAAUCCUCAGUCGUAGCACAUCAGAGCCGAUUCAGCCCGCCUUCCAGUCCAGCUGCUCACCACCGAGAUGCCACGUGGAAGAAAACACGCUUGAACACGGUCAGACAAACACAGGCAAUCACCCUGCACGUCGGCGCACGAAUGGCGAGGAAAAAAACACACAACAGAAAGCCGCGGGAAGACACACGGCCUUUAAGGACAGGACACGCACCACACAAGGAGGGGUGCAAGUGAGAAAUGUGACAAAUUAUCACAAAACUAAAGAGACAGGCACAAGUGAAGACACAGACGUGGAGCCAGUGCAGAGACGAGAAGAGAGCACCGAUACAUUCAGCCACAUAGAGAAAGCAGCGUUUUUAUGUAACAGUGUGAAAAAGAAGCUGUGCCGUUUGGAGGAGCGACAGCCUGACUCAGAGAAUAUGGCAGAAGAAAUGGAUCCUCACAAACAAACAAAAGUGUCUGAGCCUCUACACCAAGUGGAAAUGCCAGGUGGUGGAGCACAGGUAAUACCCACCCACCUCAUCUUGACCCACUCGCUCACCUCCGCCCAGAAUGUGACGCUCCUUCCACUGAAUCAAGCAGAAGAACCUCGGAGCACAACGCUGCCACUCACAGGGAGCGACCGGGAGGCUGAAGUACAGAAACAGAAACUGGCUGAUUUAGAGAAAGAGGUUCAGGGUCUUCGGAGGCUUCUAGGUCUAGAAGUCACAAAGACAUCUCAAGGCACAAUGACAACUGUUGAUUCUGGUGCUGAAAAGCCUAAAGAAGUGGGCUGCCAGACAAACAUCUGUGAGAUUUCUUCUUCAUCAUGCUGCCUGACUCAUACCCUGAUGGUCCAGGAUCAGGCGGCUUUAUGUGAACCAGCAGAGCAGAACGGAACCAGUAAGGAGAAAAAUGAAAGUGAAGACAACAGAUCAGCUCAGGAGAAUCUGCGCACUGUUCGUAACAAUCUGGUUGUUCUUCUCACGGCGCUCCUGCCCCAACUGGACCUGACUGGCAUCAGUCUGGAAACCACUGACGUGGACAGCAUCCUGCAGCAGAUCAUAGACGUCAACUCACUGAAACUAUGAUCAGCAUCGUUAUGGAAUCCAGUGGUAAUAAAAGUAAUUAAAGAGGCAAAACCAAAUGCAUUUUGCUCAUUUAAAAACCCAUGUUAUUGUUGCAUUACUGUCAUGUGGAUGAACUCUGUAACACAGUAUUUUUUUUAUUAUGACUGUUUUGUCUUUAGCAGUUACAGUCAAGACAACAAAGUGAUUUUUUUUAAUUGAUUUUAGUAUCAAAUACAUUUUCUUAAGUUACACAUUUAUGACAUUUCCUAUUUGUGUUUGUCUCAUUUUGAUAUUUUCAACCAUGUUUGUAUAUAUUAAUGUAAUAAUACUCAUCACAGAAGACAUCUUUUUUCUCUGAGUUCUCAAAUGAGAGCCAUUUCCUUGUCACAGUCUUUUUCCCUCCAGCAGUGCAGUGUAUUUAUUAAAUAUACUGCUGGUUUAAAUAGUCUCUCUUUUCAGCAAACCUUGGGACACAAAAUAAGGUCUUUCUCUCCUGGGGAACAGGAUGUCCAAGUUCUUAAGAACACAACAUUCCCAGGAAAUAUGAUAGCGUACUGUAGAUGAACGACACCAACUCCCAGAAUGCACUGCGCUCGCUGGCCUGCGGGGCACAGCCAUACGCCACACCCCCUUCUUAGCAAGUGAAGCUAGUUGUGUAAACACACGAAUCCCCAUGAGGAAAUAGUUGGCAAAUACAUUACGGACUUGUAAAUUACUCACGUUUUUUUGUACGGUGCUAAAUUGUACCGGACUGUGCAGUAAAAACAAGACAAGGACAAGCAGUAAGUGCCCAUCAUUUGCCGGUCAGAGAUACAGAGCGGUGCUAACAAGCUGAUAGCCUGAAGGCUAAUGCUAACGCUAUCAGCUUGUUUGCAUUGAUAAACCAUCCGGAGUUUGCAGAAGACACGUGGAAAAGUUGGACACUCAGAGGGUUUACUGUCUCCAUUUCCAACAGGAAGACGUCACUGAGCGGAGAAACAUGGUUUAAUCAAGUCUUGGAGACAAUGUUCACACCACACAGUGUCUGCUCAUCUUCCAGACUCCUCUACGUAGCUGUGCCACAUCAGAUUCUGUCGC